AUGGAGCGGAGGAUAACUGUAGCUGUGCGCAUUCGCCCUUCUUUGGAGACUGAGCGCUUUGGGCCUCUUUGCGCUUACAGGGCCGACGACGGUCAGACUGUCAUCAUAAAGAAUGAGGGAGGAGGUAUGGACGCACCUGCAGCAUUUCGAUUUGAUGACGUUUUUGACGGCCGUGAUAGCCAGCGUGACGUCUACGAGGAGUCGGUGCAGGAGCUUGUGGAUGCUGCGCUGGAAGGCGCCAACAUGACUGUGCUCGCUUACGGUCAAACUGGCAGCGGUAAAACAUGUACAAUUCUUGGUUCAAUGUCUGAUGGGAACCUGACAGAGGAAUCUGGCAUAUUUCCGCGUGUUUUUAAUGAUAUAUUUGCAUACAGAGAGUCCGUACAAAGACAAAAACAUCUCAUUGUUUUUCUUUCUGCGAUUGAGCUUUAUAUGGAUGACGUCAUGGAUCUGAUUUCCCGGCGAAGGAAGAUGAAUCUUUGUGAGACGCCUGAAGGAACGUUGAUCCCAGGCGUGAGCAUCAUUGAGUUGCUGACAAUGACAGAUGUGCUGCAGACAUUAAAUAUGGUCAACGCCUACCGUUCCGUGACAUCCGCUAAAAUGAAUGACUUCAGCUCACGCUCGCACGCUCUUUUUUUUAUUGAUAUUUUUCAAGUACCUCUCUCAACCUCUCCGGAGCGUCCAACACGAGAAAAACUGAUAGAUGUCAAUGGCAUUCCCAUUAGGGGCUCCAUUGAAGGGCUUGUGGGAUCCCGCAUUACGCUGGUGGAUUUGGCGGGCAGUGAGCGGGUGAAGCGAUCAGGCGUGGAGGAUCAAGCCAUGGUGGAGACGCAGGAAAUUAACAAGUCACUAUCGGUGCUAGGGACUGUCAUUAACGGUUUGUACAUGGGGAGCAACCACAUCCCGUUUCAGGAGUCAAAGUUGACAAGACUCCUUAAACACUCGCUUGUCGACGGGGUUUCGUGUCUUCUGCUUAUCGGUCAAAUUACCCCACCCAGCGCGAGCACGCAGGAAUCACAGGGGACCUUGCGCUUCUGUGAUCGUGUGAAGGGUCUUAAGGUGGGCAGAGUGACCGCAUUUAUCGAUUCUGCAGAAGAGGAACGCUACCUUCGAUCGCUUCGUCAGCAGGAGGAACUGACUGCAGAGCUGCGCAUUGCCGCUGUUGAGUACUACUACCGACCCAUGCGUUCCCUUUUUAUGGCACCACUAAAGAACAUAAGUGUGGAGCAGGCUCGCCGAAAGUGCAUCGCCUUGCUGCGGAAGGAUGCUGCUAACAUUGUGGUACGCAAAGAAGAGGAAUGCCUUCGUGUCAUGGAAGCGGAGAUAAAUUUGAAGCAGAGAGAGCAAGUACAGGCGUUUGUGGAGAAAAUGAACCAAAUGAUUGAAGAGUAUGAAUCGGUGGCGCAGAUUGUGAAGAAGAACAAGAAAGAAGCCAAGCGGCAGAAGGAAGAACAAAAAAUGGAAGAGGAGGAAAAACUUAUGGAAGCUAAGAAGGCCAAAAAGAGCCGCUUAAAACAACAAGCAAAGGUGGAGGAACUAACUGUCGCUUUGCAAGAGGCAGAUAGGCUUGUGAGCGAACUUGAGACGGGAUGUGCAACCCCUUUGGAGGAAGAUGCGAAGGAGCAUGCAGAGGCGCUAACCGCGGAGAAGCCUGAGGACAACUCAGUGCAUUUGUUGAUGGAAAACUUCUACUCUCACGCAACAGAGCUGGGGCACCUUCAUGAUUUAUACGCUCACUGGCUAGGUGCUACACAGCGGCAACGCUCUCAUGUGCGCCGAGCGAAGAUUUUUAGUUCUCCCAUCAUCAUGGGUGGCACGUUGGUGUACGAUAUCAUUGACUUCAUCAUUGACCGUGCAGUCGACAUUGCUAACAGAGCGAUCGACCAGAGGCAGAAGUACUCAUGGAGCGAUAUUGAUGGCUAUAGUUGCGCCCUACGCAACUGGGAACAAUUGUAUCCACCAUUGAUGACAGCAGCGGCCUCUAGAUUCGAGACGUGUGAGCCGACUGCGUACCACAACAUCACAUUUCUCAGCUCCGAUGAUAGUGAUGGGGAAAACUCACACCACCGUGAGGAAAUAUGCAUGCGUCGUGCCGAAGCCGAACUUGUUGACAGAGAAUUACGUGCAACUAGCGAGGAACUCAGACCGCCCGUACAACGCCUAGACAAUGCAUUAGGGGGCGCAACGGCGCAAGCAAAAAUGCCACAGGCGGACGGAACUGAAAUACAUGGAAGAAUAAGCAAGGGAUCUGGAAUGUUUUUUUCCGCGGCAGAGGCGGCAGCUGCCGACGUGCAUGCGAAUGAUACUGACAGCGAAUACUAUGACAAGGAGAGGAACGGCGAAGGAACAGGAGGGGCAAAUCACAGCCUAAACACGGAAGAGAAUGCGGAGGGUGAAGCAGCGCAUAAUGCUAGUCCCAAAGGGCAAAGGCGCUCUACACGUGAUAAUGAAUACCUCAUGCGUGUAUACGACUCCCCAACUCUCGUGCAGGACCUUAUUCGAUUUUUACGUUGUGGCACUAUGAUGCUUAAGCACGGACGCAGUGGAAAGCCACACCGUCGCUACUUUUGGGUUUCAAUUGCACAAAACUCACGGAAAUUGGUUUGGUCAGAACUCGAAGAAAAAACCACAACAGCAUGUUCAUCCAUAAAUCUCAGCGAUGUGAGCUUCAUCCAGCUUGGUUGCUUCAGCAAGGUCUUCAAACGUCACUAUAUCCCACCGACUGACCCCAGCUUUUACCGCAGCUUCACCGUUGGGCUUAAGGCUGGUGGACGCACCGUCGACAUUGUUGCCGAUUCCCUGCCGGACUUUGAGGCGUGGAUUGUUGGACUGUCCAACUUGGUACGCGUGGAUCCUGUGUGGGGUGGAAAACUUGACAUUACAAAGGAGACACAAUUCGAUCAACUCAACUGCUUCGAAGCUGGCCUUUGUGAGAGCAACUACAUUUACCCCUCGCAAUACAUUGCGCUCAAGAAGCGAGUAAAACGGAUUGCAUCAAUGACACUGACUGCCUUGGAUAAAUGCGGCAACGAUGCGACAAGGGCCCAGAAGCUACUUGGCGGCAUCCAUCUCCCCUCAGUGAAUGAAAAGGGGGCAGUGUACCUCACCAAGGGGGAGCUCAGGUUCAUUGGACAAAGUGAGAUGGAUAUCCUCCGCAUAACGAAGGUGUGGAUUCUAUUCCAGCAGAUGAACCUCGUCUAUGACGACAACUUUGUUCCUGCAACAACGUUCGGCGUCACUGAGCGCCACUAA